AUGUCAUCGAGCACCCUCGGGAAGCGCAAAUCGAGGUCAGCCGAGGCUGAUUCGGGGCAUCUGUCAACAUCGGGUCUCUCGGGUGCCCAGGCCGUCCUGCAGCGGCACUUUGAGGCUCGUUUCAGGCCACUUCCCCCCGCCGCCCGCGCCCCAACACCACCGAAGGCGACCGCCUCCUCUGGGCUCGCACGCCACGGUCAGGACGGCGAUGGUUAUGACGAGAAUGACCAAGAGACCGACUCUGACCUCUCAGAUUCGGAAUGGGGAGGCGUUUCAUCAGAUGAAGACGAACAAGACGACGGCGACAACCAUGCCGAUGACGGUGAUUUCCUCCAAGGCGGUGCCCAUGUCGAGGUGGUCGACCAUACAUCCUCCCAACCCACCGUGACAUCCACAAUGUCGAAGCGAGAACUAAAGGCUUACUUGUCCUCCCGGCCCCCUAGCCAACCAACCGCCGAUGCGGCGCAAAAAGCUUCUAAUUCCAAAAAGGAUGCCGCAAACGACCAAGCGGAGGAUAGCGCAGCUUUUCUUGCCAACGAUCUAGCUCUUCAACGUCUGAUAACAGAGUCCCACAUCCUCUCUGCGGCGGGUGGAAAUGCCUCCCACUAUUUAUCUAGCACGGCUGCCUCUAGCGCCGCCAACACAAAGUCGUUUGCGGCGGGCCGCACUCGCCGCAUCACCACCGAGCUGCGUGUGCAGGCCCUCGGGGCUAAGGAGAGCAUGCUCACCCAAUCCAAGAUGCCCAUGGGCAUGCGCAAGGGCAUCUCCACCGCCGCCAUUUCUCGCGAGGCGAAGCGUCGCCGCGAGGCCAAGGAGAACGGCAUCAUUUUAGAGCGCGAGUCCAAGAACGGCCCCGGCGCGAAGCCAGCCAAGAGAAAGAAGCGCUCCUCUGAAAGACCUGUCGACAUGCCAGGUAUCGGCAGGAUGCGCGGUGCUGAGCUGCGCAUUAGCGCCCGCGAGGCCCAGGCCAUCGCCGCGUCGGGGGAGAAGAAAGGGCGAGAUAAGAAGAGCCGUGGCAGACGGAAGUGA